AUGACAAAACCAAUUCGAAUAGAGCUCCCGGUGGGAGUUCAACUUAUUUAUCUCGCAGAAGGAGGCGCCAAUGUCAUCUACCGCAUUGUUUCCACAUGUGCGAAAUCGCCCGUGGGGUUGAGGAAGGGCAUGACUGGCGCUGUUGCGGGCGCGAUUGACCAGUCGGGCGUGCCCCCGGAGUUUAGGGGGAAAUUACUUCGACUUCGCAAGGAUAGCAAGACAGGAAUAUCAUAUCAAGAAAUCGUGCAGAAUUUCGACAAGAUCAUUCGUCCGCUAUUCAACCCAGAAGAACUGGUGGACCAGACACUUGUUACUCUCCCCAACGGGCUCGUUCAGCGCUGCAAUGAGCAAUUACAUGCAGCAGAGGUGAACGGCCGACGUCCCAAGAAACGUCGUGGCGUAUACCUUUCCACAAACGAGCCGUACGGACUGCUAAUCACAGAUAUGACUACAUUCAACGAUCCCAAUGCCAUUCUUGCCGAGCUGAAACCAAAGUGGCUUCUCCAGUCACCAUCUGCACCCAUCCACGCUCAACGGUGCCGCACAUGUGCGUUGUGGGACAUGAAGAACGGGGAGACGCGAAAAGCGGGCGGAUCAGAUGAAAGAUCGUUUUGUCCUUUAGAUCUAAUGUCGGACAACUUUGAAACUGUUCUACGUGCGACUGGCCUCGUCAAGGGCUGUAAGGAUCAACAACAAUUAGCACGAGUUCUCUAUCGGAACCGCACCCUGCAAAAGCUCCACUUCCACCAGAAGACUAUGCGGGAUGUUGGACUACAUGGGCCAUCGGCGCAGUCUCGAGAGAAAUCCCUUGCGAUGACUCUGAGAGACUGCACCAUGUUCAUCAAGAUGCCAUGCGACGACAAAGGUCCUGUCGAGGUACGUCUAGGCGACCUGGAUCUCAAAACUGGCGCCGGGGGCAAGGCACAGUAUUGGCUCAACUUGGAGAAAAGGAUGGUUGAUGAGGGAUGGUAUAUGGGUACACCGCAUCCGAGCGAGUGUGCAUUACAAGGAACCCGGUGUAACACGCAGUCCUCGAUUUGA